CUGACAGGAAUGCUUUAUGCUAAGUUGAGUCCUGUUUGUGUUUAACUCGGUCUUCGUUCGUAUGUGUGCCUAUUAAUUUACUUUUGCUGUUUUAAUAAGCACCAGUGCAGUCCCUGUCUGUACUGCUGCAGACACGUGAUCAAUGACGGCUUUGGUCAGCCAUGGCUGCUGUGUCAUGGAAGGAGAUUUUACUUUUGACUGGCUUGGUGGUAGGAUGUUACUGGAACAGUCUCCUGUGCGGCUUUGUGUUCGAUGAUGUCUCUGCGAUCCUUGAUAACAAGGACUUGCGUCCUUCAACCCCUCUCCGCAACCUUUUCCUCAAUGAUUUUUGGGGAACGCCUAUGGCUGAGGAGAGAAGCCAUAAAUCUUACCGACCCUUCACUGUAAUCACCUUCCGACUGAACUACUUCUUCAGUGAACUGAAUGCAGCUUCAUACCAUCUGCUCAAUGUGGUUUUCCAUGCCAUAGUCUGUGUGCUUUUCCUGCGGGUGUGCCGUUUAUUCCUGGACAGAAAGUCAGCCUUGGUGGCGGCUGUGUUGUUUGCUGUCCAUCCAAUCCAUACAGAAGCUGUGACAGGGGUUGUGGGCAGAGCAGAACUUCUGUCUUCAAUCUUUCUCCUUGCUGCUUUCCUGGCAUACACGAAGUCAGCGGGUGCAGACCAUUCCAUCGUAUGGACACCUAUUGCUUUGACCGUAGUUCUUGUGGCUGCAGCCACGUUGUGUAAAGAGCAGGGAAUCACUGUCAUUGGCAUCUGCUGUGUCCAUGAAGUGUUUGUUGCUCAAGGGUUCACUUUGCCAAUGCUGUUGGAAACAUUGUGGCAAGUGCUACGGGGUAAAGACAGUUUACCUUAUGCUGUCCUUCAAACUCUCCUGAAGCUGAUUGUACUUUUUAUCAGCACCUUGCUGCUAGUCAUCAUCAGAGUCCAGGUUAUCCAGUCUCAACUCCCUGUCUUCACCAGGUUUGAUAACCCAGCAGCCGUCAGUGCAGCCCCCACAAGACAACUGACUUUCAACUAUCUCCUUCCUGUGAAUGCGUGGCUUCUCCUGAACCCCUCAGAACUCUGUUGCGACUGGACCAUGGGUACCAUUCCUCUGGUGGAGUCGCUCCUGGACCUGCGUAACCUGGCCACGCUGGUCUUUUACGUAUUCCUGGGUCUGUUGGCCUAUCACAGCCUGUGUUACAGACACAGUUCUGCCAAGACAGUCAUCAUGGCUCUGUGUUUGAUGGUGCUCCCCUUUAUUCCUGCCUCCAACCUCUUCUUUCCCGUGGGCUUCGUUGUGGCUGAGAGGGUUCUCUACGUGCCCAGCAUGGGUUUCUGUGUCCUGGUGGCUCAUGGCUUCAAGAUUGUCUCGCACAAAGGACACAUGAAGAAACUCUCCUGGUUGAUGGUCGGAGUUCUUUUAGCUACACACACAAUGAAAACCUUCAACAGGAACUGGGACUGGGAGUCAGAAUACACUCUGUUCACCUCCGCCCUGAAGGUCAACAAGAACAAUGCCAAGUUGUGGAAUAAUGUUGGCCAUGCUCUUGAAAACCAGUACAGUUACGCCACAGCUCUGCGCUAUUUUCUUCAGGCCACACGUGUCCAGCCAGAUGACAUCGGGGCUCAUAUGAAUGUUGGAAGAACUUACAAGAAUUUGAACAAGUCCAAAGAAGCUGAAGAUGCAUACUUGGUUGCCAAAUCGCUCAUGCCCCAGGUUAUUCCAGGUAAGAAGUAUGCAACACGUGUGGCCCCCAACCACCUGAACGUUUACAUUAACCUCGCCAAUCUGAUACGGAAUAACGAGUCCCGUCUGGAAGAGGCCGACCAACUUUAUAGGCAAGCGAUCAGCAUGAGACCAGACUUCAAACAAGCCUACAUCAGCAGAGGAGAACUCCUCCUGAAAAUGAACAAACUCACGGAGGCACGGGACGCCUACCUCAGAGCCCUGGAGCUGGACCGCACCAACGCUGACCUGUGGUACAACCUGGCCAUCGUCAACAUAGAGAUGAAGGAGCCUUCAGAAGCCCUGAAGAACUUCAACCAUGCACUCACUCUCCUCCCUCGCCACAAGCUGGCGCUGUUCAACUCAGCACUUCUCAUGCAGGAGUCUGGCGAGCCAAAGUUCUGGCCCGAGGCCAACCGUCGUUUCCUGGCCUACGUGGAGGAGGAGCCUGGAGAUGCUAACGGCUACUUUAACCUGGGCAUGCUGGCCAUGGACGCCAACGAAAACGAAGCGGCUGAGAAAUGGAUGCGCAAAGCCAUUGGUCUGCAGCCCGGCUUCCGCAGCGCCCUGUUUAACUUGGCGUUGCUCCACUCUCAGUCCAAACGUGAGCUUGAUGCCCUGCCGGUGCUGGACGAGCUCCUUCACCACCAUCCGCAGCACAUCAAAGGUCUGAUUCUGAAGGGCGACAUCCUCAUGAACCACAAGAAGGACACCAGCGGUGCUAAAGCCUGCUUCGAGCGCAUUUUACAAAUGGACCCCACCAACGUGCAGGGUAAGCACAAUCUGUGCGUGGUUUACUUUGAGGAGCGUGACCUGCCGCGGGCCGAGCGCUGUCUGGAGGAAACACUGGCCUUGGCGCCCAACGAGGAGUACGUACGACGUCACCUGAGCAUCGUACGGAGUAAAAUGGCUGCCAUGAGUGCGGCAGGGCAGCCGCUCUCUGCAGCAGAGGGAGCCACAUCGACGGCCACGCAGGAGAAGGAGAAGAGAGUGGAGGAGGGGAAGGAGGAGUUUGUCCUCCGUCAGGAGGAAGGGGAGGCUGCCGUCGGUGUUGCUGUUGCUAGAACGGGGGCUGGGGAUGAAAAGAAUGCGCGGAAAUCCUCUGCGAGGAGCCCUGUGGGUGUGAGCGUGGACACAUCCCAGUCUUUGGACAGCAGCCAGUCUGACAAGCGGACUCAGGGUAAGUCCACUGAGGAGAUCAGGGAUAUAGAGAAGAAAAGAGCCGCUGCUUUGAAGAGACUGGAGGAGAUUGAGCGUAUAUUGAGCAACGAUUGACAACAUUUAUAUCUGGACCACUUUUAUAGAGCUUUCUACGUUUUCCUAAUCCGUUGCCAUUUUACUUUUUUGAUUUGUUUGCAGGCCACUCACCAGGGUCCUGCGGCUCUAAGAAUAAAUAAAGGGAAAUGUUGGUCUGCGCACAGCGAUAAGCACAAAGCCAAAUUGAGACCAUCCGUUAAAAACCGCCGUUCUGAACACACGCGUUUCGCCUACGUAUUACUGCAAAAGUUAUAAAUAAACAUUUUAUUUUUCCCUCACUACUAUUAUUGUUUAUCACUGGAUUAUUAUUAUUAUGAUGAUGAUGUGACUCAUUUAGCUGUUGCUUUUGUAACAUUGAUUGUAUCGUGGACAAUUCGAGGAAAUGACGUGUUCCCCGUGAUUUCUCUAAAGGCAUAACAAAGAGCUGGGAGUUCUAAGUCCGAGAGCUCAGAACCCACACGACCCUGCUCUCUUCAUCACCAACAGACCUGUGAUCCUCAGUGUCUUCAAGUCCUCGUUGAUCUCCCCUCUGCAUUUCCUGCCAACGACGUCACCAUGGCCUGUUCUCGCAGCUGCACACUCCACUAAAUCUCAUUGUGAUCCCAUCUAAAAACUAUUAAGUCAUUCCCUCUGUCACGUUACCCUCUCGCCUCCUCGUGUCCGUCUGCUAUCCUUCACACACUACAGCAUUAUUUUAUCACAGAUGAAUGUUUUUCUGUGUAUUUUUUUUUCCCCUCUCUCGGAAAACAGGCCCACGCAGACGUCUCUGACCUGGAACACCCGUUUUAUGUCAGCGUCAACAAUGAUGUACUCUCAUAUCAUCAGUCUCGGGCUUUGUCAUGUGUUCCUUAUUUUCCUUCCACAUCACAGGAGGACAUUUCAUAGCACAUUAGCAGAAAACAGACCUCCUCCUUCAGCCGACUCCACAGUGGGAUGAAGUUAUUGCGCACUGCUAAUAAAAUAUUGUCCGGAUGUUCUGCUUUUAUCAAGAUAAGAAAAGACGAGUGUUCUGUGCAUUCACUUCCUUCUCAACGCUCAGUAUUAACGCCGCGUCCGUCGUAGCUGCCUGUGUUGACAAUAUCCUCCUGCAAGUUUCACUUUUUUAAAUUUGUGUUUGUAACUUCGCACGUCUCAGACUAGUGUUUCACCAUCAGCAUUCAUGUUACACACAAACACGGUCCACCUUAAAUCCCACUUUGUUGUUGUUAAUGAACCAGGGAUAAAAAGUCACUGAGUUGUUUCCUGCUUCAUCAUAAGUCCUUGAUAUGUUGAUGGUUUUUCCUGUGAUGCAGUCAGAACCUUUGUAGAACCGUAGGUAAUUCAAGAUGGAGCACAUUCUUCUAACAUCUUUUUACUCACUGCUACGAGCCUCUGAUGUUACUGGUUACUGCAACAGUCAGGAUGGUCUGUAAUUAUUGUUAAUCACCUUUUCUGACGUUUGGUUGAUGCUCCUGAAAAAACAACUUGAAACUGGUUCUAGGUCCCACAGAAUUUCACAAAUCAUUGAUUUUUUUAAAUUUGAUCUUCCAUCACAAAACAGAUUUGAGUAAAUAACAUUUUUAUUUUUGCUUUGUCACAACGUCCGUACUUCUCUGGUGUCAGAGUAGAAUAGCUGAUGAAAGUGCCUUUUUUACUCUUAGCCCUGAUUUCAUGAACUUCCUCAAAAAACUAAAAACUACUGGCUGCUUUUCCCAGAGAUCGAAUUAUUCAGAACAAUUGACUGUGUUAUUGAUCAGCAGCAGCUGAUGGUGGUGGACCUGGUGGUGGACCUGGUGGUGGACACGUCUGAGCGUCAGUUGUGCUUGUGAGGCAGCAGUCUUUCAUUGACUCAUUACUGAGCCCAUUGUCUGGAGCAGUUUCUUUCCUGUCAUCUGAUGUGAAUGUUUUCACAGUCACAGUGCAAUAAUUAGUUACAGUGCAGUGACUCGGCACGGUGCAAUUCCUCAGUCAAAUUACUGUAAUUUGGGAGCACUGUGGUGGUACGAGGGAGACUUUUAUUUUCUUUUUGUCUCCCGUGUUAUUUAUUGUUUUUUUUUUUUACUGUUUUUAUGCCAUGACUGUGGAUGUCUGUCUUUACUGAUGACAGUAUGCCUUCAACCCCUGCUCUGUUAUUUCACACUAAUGAUCAGUGUGUUUUUGUCAUUUAAAACAUGUCAUAUGUUUGUACAUAUAUUUUAAACAGUUCCAGUCCAUUAGUCCGUUCUCCAACCCAUAAAACAUUCACUCCAUUAAAUAGAUCCUACAAAGAAAGAC